CAGAAAGUGCCUGGGGGUGCUGCUGGCCCAGUGGCCCCCGACCUGCUCCACCUCAUGCUCACGGGGCAGGAAAAAGAUGUUUCCUGUGCAUCCGCUGCUGCGGCGCCAGGAGCGGUGGCUGAACGGCAGGGGCUGGAGACAUGCCAGCCCGGUCCCUGCAGCCCGUGCUGGCUUCCAGGGGGGAGUGGGGCUGGUGGAGGCCUAGGCCUUUCCCACAGCUCCAUCGUGCCCCGGAGGCCGGAUGCACGAGGCCGUGCCGUGCCUGCCUGGCCCGUGGGGGAUGGCAGCACCCAGGGCUGUGCCCAGGGUGAGGGAAAAGGUAUGGGGCGCAUGGAGGAGCCAGGCGGCGCAAGGCCUCCCUUGUGCCCGGCUCAGCGCAGCAGGGUGGAGGCUCAGGCCGAGGCACUGGGAAGCUCUGGCCUCCGCCGGCCGUGUGGGCAUCUGGCAUGGGCCAGCAGUGAGGCAAAGACCUGGGGAAAGCCCGUGCGAGCCCAGCCUGCCUCCCUGCCCCCUUGGCGCGAGGCUUUCUCAUCUCCUCCCUCCCGCGUUUCCUCAGGAAGCAGAAAGGAGGAAACUCAAAGCCAGGGAGAGGAAGCUCAAAGCCAGGGAGAGGAAGCAGGCGAACCGGAGGAGACGGGCAGGCUGGACGGCGAGCACUGCGCUGGGCAGCCCGGCAUGGCGCGGCUGUGGGUGCUCUUCUGCCUCCAGCUCCUGCCCUGGGCCUGGGGCUCUGCGCAGGAGCUGGACGCAGCCGGGAGGAACGUGUGCGCGGACGAGAGGGUUCCCACGGGCCUGGCGUGCUGCCCUGGCUGGAGGCAGGAAGGCAGGGAGUGCCCGGCUGCACUGUGCGAGGGCGAGGACGCCUGCGCGGCUGACGAGGUGUGUGUGAAGCCGGGGGUCUGCCGCUGCAAGCCUGGCUUUUUCGGGGCCCACUGCAGCUCCCGCUGCCCUGAGCAGUACUGGGGCCCUGACUGCAAGCAGAGCUGUCUGUGCCACCCGCACGGGAAGUGCAACCCCGCCACCGGCCACUGCACGUGCUAUGCCAAUCGCUGGGGACCUCUCUGCCAGUUCCCAUGCCCGUGCGGGCCUCACGGUCGCUGCCACCCCCUCACCGGAGCUUGCCUGUGCGAGCCGGGCUGGUGGGCACCGACCUGCAAGCGGCAGUGUCAGUGCAACCUGUCUGGCUCCCGCUGCGACCCCGCCACCGGGCAGUGCCUCUGUGCCCAAGGCUGGUGGGGCAGGCGGUGCGGCUUUCCGUGCUCCUGCCACCUCUCCCCGUGCGCUCAGGACUCAGGGAAGUGCGAGUGCAAGGUGGGGUCCUGGGGCCCGUCAUGCCAGCACCAGUGCGACUGCCUGCACGGGAGCUGCAGCCCUCUCACUGGGUCCUGCACCUGCAGCCCUGGCUACCAGGGCAGGAGCUGCAGGGACCCCUGCCCAGCCGGGCACUAUGGACCGCAGUGCAGGCACAGCUGCGGGCACUGCAAGCGGAGCCAGCCCUGCUCGCCCACGGAUGGGUUGUGCCUGGCGUGCGAGCCGGGCUGGAACGGGACCCUGUGCAACCAGCCCUGCCUGCCUGGACACCACGGGGAGAACUGUUCCCAGGCCUGUCCCCAGUGCCGGGGUGGGGAGACCUGCCACCCGGAGACCGGCACCUGCCAGGACUGCGAUCCCGGCUGGACAGGACCCAGCUGCGAUGCGCCCUGCCCGGAUGGCACGUUUGGGGACAGGUGCCAGCUCCCGUGCCUGGUGUGCAUCAAUGGGCGCUGCGACCCGGUGUCUGGGGAGUGCGUCUGCCAGGCUGGCUACUGGGGCAGCAGCUGCAAUGAGACCUGUCGGGACGGGUUCUUUGGCGUGAACUGCUCGUCCCCCUGCCCGUGUGCGGGGGGCCCCUGCCACCCGCUCUCCGGGGACUGUGCAUUCGGGUCUCGCUACCAGGGCGCCCUGAUUGCAGGCGUGCUUGUCCCACUGCUGCUUCUGCUGCUGUGCGUCGCCUGCUGCUGCUGCUGCGGGACCGGCCCAGUGGAGGCGAGGGACAGGGCAGCCGUAGCCGACGCGGACGUGCUGUCCCGAAUGAAGCACCACGUGCAGGGUGUGCUGGCCAACCUCAGCUCCAUGCUGCCUUGCUUCUCGCUGGGGGGCUACAAGCUCCCCCGGGUCACAGUCUCGCACCACGACGCCGAGAUUCCCUUCAACCCCAGCUUCAUCGAGCAGCCCUCUGCGGCCUGGGCCUCGGACAGCUCCUUCUCCUCCUUCGACUCGGACGACGAUGGCCCGGCCUACUCCGUCCCUGCCCUUGCCGUGGAAGACGUGCCCGCAGGCUCUGAGCCUCAGGAAGGCGGCUCCCCAGGGAACGAGUUGCCCGACGCAACGGCCUUUAACUCGGAAGAGGUCUCCCAGCCAUUCAUCAUCCCCCGCACGUCCAGCAUUGCCAAGGCCAAGAGGCCCUCGGUGUCGUUUGCCGAAGGCACUAAGUUUGGCCCUCAGUGCAGAAGCGGCUCUGUGGAGAUGCCCAGCGCCUCCCGGAAGCCCAAGGCCUCUUGGGGUCUCCCCAAGCCCCCCCUGGCCGACGCGGAUGAGAGUGCCCAGCCAGGUGGGCGGCCCAACGACUACGAAAACGCAGAGCCCAUUGCCACGGGGGAAGACGGCCACCGGCCCUCGCCCCGGAGCACCCCAGGGGGCCGGAGGAGGGUGGUGCCCAGCACCCGGCAUGUGGCCCAGAGGGUGGAGGCCCUUGAGGCAGCUUCGAAGCUGGAGCAGAACAUCACGACGAUUUACAUGACGGUGGGCACGGCGAGGAGGGGCACCCGGCACAGCGGGGGUGGCCAAGGGAGCGGAGAGGGGCCGGUGCAGGCGGUUCUCAAGCGGCUGGGCAGUUUCCAGAGAGGGAAAAGGGCCUCCAAGGAGGAGCCCAAAGUGCGCAGAGGCCCCGAGAGCAUCCAGAAGCCUCCCCGGCGGGCCCUGGGCCAGGAGAGGGUCUCCACCCCCACCCCUCCCCAGCAGGGAGAGGGCACCAAGGGCCUAGGCCUGGGCACCGCUGAGUCCCCCGCAGAGCACCAGCAGCACGGUCCUGGGCAGAGACCGUCUCCCAUCCCCGCACCGCCUGGGCUUUGGGCCGCGGACGCCCAGGGGGAAGACGAGGCCGAGAGGAGCGAGGGGCCCGAGCAAGCUGGAAAGCUAGAAGCCAACGGGCAGGCGGCAGCUGAGGAAGAGGAGCCGAAGUACGAGAACGUGACUCCCUAUCACAGCAGCCUGCCUCGCAGCCCCUCGGGCGAGCCCCCCGCCACCACCGCAGAACAUGAGGCCAGCCCCUGAGACCCGCGGGGCCAAACCCUGCCCCUGCUGCUGACCUCGGCCUCCCGCAGCAGAGCCAGAGCCGGGCAGGCCUGCAGCUCCUCUGCCCCCAGACUUCCCUCCCGGACACGCUGCACUAGCUGGAUCCGUGCCUCGUGCCUCCCUUGAGCCCGUGCCCCAGGUCAGGGGCUGUGUUGUGCUCCCAGCAGGCAGCCUGCCCAGCACAGCACAGCACUGGCACCUGCUGGGCCACGGAGACCUACACGUGCAAGGGGCUCGUUGCCAGGCACGGGCAGGCCGGGCUUCUCGGCCCCAGCGCUGGUCAGACAUGACUGCCCCGCGACUGCGUGGAAAGCCUGGGCACUGACCUUGGUUCAGCUGCUCCUGGGCUUCCCCCGGCGCGGGGGAUGCCCAG